AUGACGGCUUCACAAGAUGUGCAGGAUUCUUUUGACGAAAGUCUCAAGUUGAACUCGUCGAGCAGCCCUCCUUCUGGUGGUCUGAAGCGGCAAGUUGGGAACAACGAUGCGUUUCCAGCACCAAAAAGAAUUUGUCCGCAAUCUGCCUCAGAUCCGCCCCCUAAUUGCAAUGUUCCCAAAUUCACUGGAUUUCUUACGGCUGGUUCUAAUCGUGAAAUUAAAGUCAGUGAGGCAGCCCUAAGUUCUGCGCGGGCUCGCCUUCACGCUUCAGAUGAGGACUUUGAGGAGGAAGGAGUCGCUAGUGCGAGGAGCGAUGUCGGGAAAGGAUCAACUUUUGUCGGAUUCGUUACUGCCGGAACGAAUAAACCAAUAACCGUGUCAGACUCUGCAUUAGAAAUGGCCAAGCGUCGUCUGGACAACAACUUAGAAGACGUCUCCCCGAGUCCGCGAGGUGCAGUAGAUAGUGAGAACCGAGAUCCUUCCCAACUUCAUGUACCAUCUCCACCACAGAACCUCAUGAGUGUUGCUAGAAUUUCAAGAAGUCCACGUGAUUCACCACUUUGUUCUCCACUAGCGGUUGAAAAAUCCAUAGGAGGUGCUUCGCCAAUGCCUUCCAAUCCACCUGGGACCUUGACUCCUAGUGGCAGAAAUGUGCUGGCCACCGGAAAGGUGGUAGCGGAAUUUCCAAAAGCAUUUCGCGCCACAUGUAUUCGUGACCUGAGAAGCUGUCCACAAGAUACUGUCGAUUUCCUUGGCAUCGUCAUAGAAAGUGGAGCGCAUGGCCAGAAUCGUAGUAAUGUUCCUGUGAUCAAGAUGGCCGAUCGGUACGGGGAGUCGGUACAAGUGGAGCUGCUAUCGAGUUCAAUUCCUGUUAAUAUAUCCACUGGCUGUGUGAUAUCCAUUGAAGGAGCUGUUAUUAGGCGGAAUGGAGGUGCAAUAUCGCUCAUUCUGAACGACUCAGCUUUCGUUGAUUUGGAGCCUAACGAUCCUGAAGCUGAAUGUCUACAUCGACUCUUUCGUACUGGCCUGUUUGACGUCGCUCCAUCAGAGGACGACUUUACAUUUGAAACCACAGCUCUUCGUGUGAUUGGUCGUCUCAGUGAGUAUCCCAACAAUGUGUCAACUGUUAUGGCUAGGAUUUGUAGCAUCAAUUAUGAGGCUUUGGUUUACCUAGGGUGUAUCACAUGCAAAAGGUAUGCUGUCCGAGGUCCGGAUGGUGUUGAGUCCUGCCAGAAUUGCAAUAGCAAAAAGGCUCGAUAUUUCUACUCACUUCAUGUCGAAGUGGCUGAUUUUAGUGGAGUUCUAGCAGUAUAUUUUACUGAUGAGGCUGCCGAGAAGUUGAUAGGGAAACCGGCUGGUGGAAUGGUAAAGCUGCAUAAGGAUUUGUUGCGAACCAAGUUGUCUCCUCUCUGCUAUCGUCCGAUGCUGUUCCGUAUUUCUUUGCAAAACUCGAAAUGGUUAAUCGACGACUGGAAAUACCUCGAAAUUCCGCGAUUCAAGCCGUUUUUGUUGAAUAUUGCCAAGCAAAAAGGAUAUAAAUGA